AUGGAACAGUUGUUGACAACGGAACGAAAUAUCCAAAGUAAAAUACGCGAUAAAGAAGGAAAUAUGGGUUUCUGGCAAGAGAUGGAUGGUCAAAUCAAAGUAUUCAUUGCACGAAAAAGAGUUCGUGAAAAUCAUGGACGAGUUCUUCGUCUUCAAUUGGCAAGAAUCAAGGAAGAGCAGAAGAAAGAGAUUCAGUCGGCAACUCAGAAUCGUCCAGUUGAAGCAGCUCCGCCUGUUAAGAGAAUUAAAAGCGAAGAAGAUGAAGAAGAGGACGAGGAUGAUGAGAAGUUAUCGAAGAAAGUUAGAAGAAAGAUCGACGUACAAUCACUUGAUGAUCCAGAACUUGAUGAGCAAGAAAAAGAGAGGAAGUGGAGAGCAUUAACAGAAGAUCAACUAGAAGAUGUCACGUUGGAGCUUUAUCGUAUCGGAUGUUACAGUCCUCCGUACAACAGUUUCGAUGACACAAUGCCUGGAAUCGAAGUUAUUGAUUCUCAAGUAGAUAUAGAAAAUCUCACUUUGCGACGAAACAGAAAUCGUGGAGACAUACCAUCUGGUUCCACAGCUGCCACUUCUUCAACUGCCCCAGAUUCUCGUAUGUUGGCUAUUGCUCGUCAAGGAAUGGAGGGCGAUGAAUCAAUGUUCUCUGUUGAAGAACAGCUCGAAACUCAAAAACAUUUGUGGUCAGAUAAGUACCGUCCGCGUAAACCAACAUAUUUGAAUCGUGUGCAAACUGGAUUCGAUUGGAAUAAGUACAAUCAAACUCACUACGAUCAAGAUAAUCCGCCGCCGAAGAUAGUUCAAGGAUACAAGUUUAAUAUUUUUUAUCCGGAUCUUCUUGAUGCCACGAAAACUCCAACAUUCAUAGUUACACCGUGCGAUGAUGUGGAUUUCGCAGUGAUCCGUUUCAAAUCAGGACCUCCAUACGAAGAUAUUGCAUUCAAAGUUGUCAAUCGUGAAUGGGAAACUCUUCACAAGAACGGUUACAAGUGUCAAUUCCAGAAUGGCGUUUUCCAGUUGUGGUUCAUGUUCAAGAAAUAUCGUUACCGCCGUUAA